AGCGGCUAAGGCGGAGCGCGCGGCUCGGCGGCCGGCUAGCCCUGGCGACGGCACUGGAGAAGGAUGGGGACCGCAACCCGGGCUUCGCAGAGAGCUCCUUGGAGGCGAGGGAGGUGCAGAAACUAGGCGUGUGACUCCAAGCAAAUCGGGGGAGGAUGGAUGAGGGGAUGGGAGAUAGCUAACUGGGCUGUCUCUCUGCGUCCAGUCCGCAGAGGCGCACGUCGCUGGUCUCCAGCGGCUUCGUCGACAACAUCGGAAGCGCCAAGCCAGUCUCGGGGCCAUGAGGAGCGCACAGGCCGCUCGGCCGGGAGCCGCCGUCGGGGCUGGCAGCGUCCCGCUGCGCUGAGGGCGUGGAACGGAGAGGGGCGCGGGGGGCCGGGCUGCGCCAGAGCGCACAGCCAUGGCGAGGGAGGAGUGCAAGGCACUGCUGGACGCUCUCAACAAGGCGACCGCAUGCUACCACCAUCUGGUGCUGACCGUGGGCGGCUCGGCGGACUCGCAGAACCUGCGUGAGGAACUGCAGAAGACGCGCCAGAAGGCACAGGAGCUGGCGGUGGCCACCCGCACCCAGCUGACGGCCGCGCUGCGCGACCGGGGCCUGGGCGCCGAGGAGCGCGCCGAGUUCGAGCGCCUCUGGGUGGCCUUCUCCGGCUGCCUGGACCUGCUGGAAGCCGACAUGCGGCGCGCACUGGCCCUGGGCACUGCGUUCCCGCUGCACGCGCCGCGGCGGCCGCUGGUGCGCACAGGCGUGGCGGGCGACUCGGCGGGCGUAGCAGCGCGCGCCCUGAGCGUCCGCAGCUUGCGGCACGAGGCGGAGGGCAACUUCGACGUGGACGACCUGCGCCAGCUGGAGCGCGAGAUCCUUCAGGUGAGCGAGAUGAUCCAAGAAAUGGAGAUGAAGGUCAACGUGCCCCGCUGGACGGUGCAGGCCCGGCAAACGGCGGGCGCCGAGCUCCUGUCCAGCGCCAGCUGGGAAAGAAGACCAGGAGGAAGGAAAUGACAGUUUCACAAAGGGAGCUCGGAGGGCAAAUAGGAGGGGUGCAGCCAUGGUGCCCAGUCCUGAGGUCCACCCUUCUAGCCCAGCUCGCUUCCUUCCUCCUCAGCACACAGGUUACAGUACCUCAGAGUGAAAAUAUGGGAUCUCCGUGUGUGUCUGUGAUAAUGGUCUUAAAACACCCACAAGGGCUUAAGCUGAUUAAAAGUUUUAUGACCUUAACUAAUAAAAGAAACACCUUCUGCCUCAUCUGAAUAGGAACCACUUUAAAUUCUUUUGCACCAGCCUGCUCAGGGUAACUUCAGAAAUGACAUAAAAUUUUUCGAAAUCCCCUCAUGCCUUCGUUCCCCUCCCAUAAACAUCGCAAUACAGAAUCUCCAUUCCCUUCCCGAAAUCUCAGUUUUCCCUGUAGAGAGGAGGCUGGGCAUUUUGUGACCCAAUGUUGGAAACUAUCCUUUAACACCUUUAUUAUACUCUCUUGUUUCUAAUACAGUGACUCUUCUGUUCUUAUCAAGUUGUUUUGGUUCAUAACGACAACAAAAAAUCGUUCAGCAGAAUCUAUUGAAAAAAGCCCAUGAGGUGUUGUAUAAUCCACAGAGAGCAGUUGGGACAAAUGUCUUUGUUGUCACCCUUUCCACCCACUUGGCAGACCCUUGGGUAUUUAAUUGUAUGUGGAAUCAGAUGUGAACCUAAUUCGAGUCCUCUGGUCACUGAAAUUAGGGGUAAAAGGUUGCACGUGCACAUAGGGGCGCCUGGGUGGCUCA